UCGGUUAUAUGAAGCACAAUGAUACUUCGAGAAUAUUUGAGAUCGUAGAUCUCAACCGAAGAUUAACAGAUUGCAGCGAACAGAGAAAAAAAGAUUCCUUGUACAAGACUGGGAUACUAAAUAAGGUGUUGAACAUGGAGGAAAACGGACGUGGAGAAACAUUGUGUAAGGUCUGUGGAGACAAAGCUUCCGGCAAACAUUACGGCGUACCAAGCUGCGACGGUUGCCGGGGUUUCUUCAAGCGGUCAAUCCGCAGGAAUUUAGACUACGUGUGCAAGGAGAACGGACGUUGCAUCGUGGACGUAUCGCGGCGCAAUCAAUGCCAAGCUUGUCGCUUCACAAAAUGUCUUCAGGUCAACAUGAAACGAGAUGCCGUGCAACACGAGAGAGCACCGAGGAGCACGUCUUCUCUCGUUACAGCGGCGAGAAGGACACCUUCGGGACUUUAUACGGGAAUUUCUAACGUCUAUCAUCCGGCAGGUACCACUUAUCAUCCACUUCUAUAUCCCGCGUUAUUCCCUUUCAAGCCUACGGUAACAACAUUCACCCCGUCAGUUGCACAUUUUCUACCACGACCAUCUCCGGAAUCUUUGUCUAUGACUACUGCCAAAGAGGACGAAGUUACCAGCUCCGAGGAAGCAGCCACUGUCGAUAUUAGAAUUGAAUCGAAAGAGGAGUUAGUAAGUACACGUCUGGCACCGCCGGUCAUCACUUCCGUUUCAUCGGAAUACAUGAUGCAAAGCUUAUCACUCCUGCCGACAGAAAAUAUCUAUGAAUUUGCGGCAAAGUUACUUUUCUUUGCCGUGAGAUGGGCGAGAAGUAUACACUCCUUUCUGCAACUCCCUUACAGAGACCAAACCAUUCUUCUGGAGGAGUCGUGGAGCGAGUUAUUCGUGCUGACGGCAGCACAGUGGAGCUUUCCCGUGGACGAGACAACCUUGGUGCCUGCGGAUCUACCGAUGGAACGAAGGGAAGUUCUACUCGACAAAGCGAGGAGAUUGAGAGAACUUCUAGCAAAAUGCGCCGCGUUGAGGGUGGAUCAUUCAGAGUACGCGUGCUUGAAGGCCAUAGUCCUAUUCAAGGCGGGUGAGUAA